AGGGCUCCUGCCAUCCACCCAAAAACAAGGUGGCGGCGGUGGAGGAGCAGUGCGCAUGCACGGGCAGCUCUUCUAGGUGAGGGUUUGAAAGCGAGACCGUGGAGGCUGCGCCCGGGACGGACAAGGGUCAGGAUGGACGAGGACGUACUGACCACCCUGAAGAUCCUCAUCAUUGGCGAGAGCGGCGUGGGCAAGUCUAGCCUGCUCUUGAGGUUCACAGAUGAUACUUUUGAUCCAGAACUUGCAGCAACAAUAGGUGUUGACUUUAAGGUGAAAACAAUUUCAGUGGAUGGAAAUAAGGCUAAACUUGCAAUAUGGGAUACUGCUGGUCAAGAGAGGUUCAGAACAUUAACUCCCAGUUAUUAUAGAGGUGCACAGGGUGUUAUAUUAGUUUAUGAUGUCACAAGAAGAGACACCUUUGUUAAACUGGAUAAUUGGUUAAAUGAAUUGGAAACAUACUGCACAAGAAAUGACAUAGUAAACAUGCUAGUUGGAAAUAAAAUUGAUAAGGAAAAUCGUGAAGUUGAUAGAAAUGAAGGCCUGAAAUUUGCACGAAAGCAUUCCAUGUUAUUUAUAGAGGCAAGUGCAAAAACCUGUGAUGGUGUACAGUGUGCCUUUGAGGAACUUGUUGAAAAGAUCAUUCAGACGCCUGGACUGUGGGAAAGUGAGAACCAGAAUAAAGGAGUCAAACUGUCACACAGGGAAGAAGGCCACGGAGGAGGAGCCUGCGGAGGUUAUUGUUCUGUGUUAUAAACUCUGGGAAAUGCCAUCUCUUGCAUAUUUGAUCAGAUAGUGACAUCUUUCUGUAUAUAAACUCUAACUGCUAUUUUAGGGACCUUGCAGUUUGCACAUAUUUGUUUUGUAUCAUGGCAGUAAAUAUUUACAAGAAAUCCCACUCAUUGGCUUUCCCAGGUAAAAUGUUAUGGUAAGCAUGCACAGUUUGCAGUCUACAGUUUUUUAUGCAACAUAAAACUGGUGUACCUUUAUAAGUACACUUGAUUUUAUGAUUUACAUUUAUCAUGUGAUUUUUAAAAAUCCACCUAUAAUAUGUUGAGAACAAAGUCUACUUUUGGUCUUCUUUUUGCCUAAAUACUCCUAUCAAUUACUGAAUUAAUUGAUAUGUAGAAUUUCUAGAACCACUGGGAGAUUACAGUAUCAUCCAAUCUGGUGAAUUUCUUCAGGAAUGAAAAAGAGCAUGAUUCCACAGCUUUCCUAAGAUGUCUGUUGACAGAUUUCUCUUUUAGAACUAAGCAAAGUUCUUUUUACAGGGUGCAAUCCAGGCCAAUUUAUAAUUAAAUCUCUGUUCUAAUGAUGCUUCUAAAAUAGCAUUGAUGUGUUAAAGAAGUUUGGUCUUUUUAAUUUACUUCAAUGAGUAGCUCAGUUGCUUAACUGGAGUUUUAAUUCUGUGAUAUGUGUACAUUGGAUUCACAACCCUUUGUGUAGGAUUUUUAGUUAUAUGAUGUUUGGCAGAGUGGCAAUAAGGUUUUCCCUUACUCUGGUUUCAGAAGGAUAUGAAUAGUGUGUUUAUGUAGCUCAUGUUAGUACUUAACACUUUUUAAACCAACACGUUUUGCUGUAAAUGUUGGUGGUGUUUGUCCAGUUACCUCCAUUGUAGCUUGUGUGAUAUUUAUGAUAGCUGUGUCUGUGACUUCCAUAAAUCACUUGUUGAUACUCAGAACCUAUGCCUGUGUUUUGAGGGUUGGGGGAAAAACACUAAAUGACAAUUUGCUUCCAGAUUUUGAUGUGUAUGGGAAAAUACUGUUGCAACAAAAAUCUUGGUAAUUUAUUGUAACAAGUAGUCAAUAUUUUAUUAAAACCAACUUGUACAGACUAGUAAAUCUUUGCCACAGUAUUCAGGUUUCUAACUUCUAGCUCUUGUACAUUAUAUAUAUAUAUUUUAGUCAUAUGUUAUUUAAUUCACAUUGACGUCUGCUAUUUAAGCCCCCAAAUAAGUAAUUUAUCUUUUCAGGCAAGUCACUAUAAUACAGAAAUAAUACAAGUUCCUGGGCACUUUGUUGCCUGUAUGCAGAUACAAAGAAUAAGCAUUUUUGUGGGUCACCUUUAUAAUACAUGUGAUAAUGGAUUUACUUUAAGUUGGAUUCUUUCUAAAAUGUCAUCUUCACAUAAGAAAACCUUACAUUCUACUUAGUUCACAGUUGUAGACCUCAUUACGUGUGAUUAAGGGUUUUAUACAGUAUGUAUGUUUUUACCAAGUUUAAAAACAUUUACUGCUUUAAUGUUGAAAAUAGCCAACACAUGUACUUCUGAUUUGUUCAUGUUACGUUAAAACUAUAGAUUUGUAUAUUCAUGUAGUGUCAAUAUUGACAACAUGUUUCUGUUUGUUGCUUUUUGCUUCUUGAGCGAUACAACCUUUCUGUACAUUGGAUUAUUGCCUUGGUCAGAAUUUGGAUACAUACGAGUCACUUAACUUCUAAAAACUAAUUUUGUUUGAUUUACAUUGUAAUCUUUUAUAGUUUUGAAUAAAUAUAGCCUGCUUUCCCUAGACAUAUUUGUGCAGGAAGUAUUAUACAUUUCCCUAUUGCUUUCAUUAGCUGAGAAACUUCUGAAUAUAAUGUCAUUCAAGUUCUGUUGUAUUCUGUGGCUUCCACUUUACUACUUUGUUGCAAGCUUAUUGUUUCACAGUGGAGAUUUUCUAAAUGAAGUGUUAUAGUAUCUACAAUUAUUAGCCACAGGAAGGACUUUGUUAGUUUUUCUUUUCCAAUCACUUGAAGUCAUUUUAAAGUACUUUUUGCAGAUGGUGCAGAUUAGAACAGUUAGGAUACAGUGUUUGUGUUCUAGGAGUACUGACAUAGACUGAAACAAAUAGCUAUUCAAAUUAUAUUAAGAGUAAUAGCAUUUAUUGAAAGUUUUCUUGCUGUGUGGCGCUAGAUUAUCUCAUGAAAGCUCACAGCAAUGGGAAGAGACUGGGUGGUACUAUUAUUAUGCCCAUUUUAAAGAUGAGGAUGAUGAAACACAGGUGUAUUGGGUCAGUGCCCAAGCUCAAACAGCUGAUCAGUUAUGGAGCUGGAUUUCAGUCACAGCCUCUUCACUGCUGAGUCCAUGCUCUUUAACCACCGCUCCCUCUGCUCUGACUAGGUACCAGCUCGCUGUCAUUAACACAGUAGAGUUGAGAGAGUUCCCUAUUAUUGUUCUUUUUCAGAUAGUUUGGUUCUAGAGUAAAUCCCUUUGAUAUAAGCCAGCCAUGUAAGUCGUUUAACCAGAAAGUUAAGGUAGAAGAAGACGUUGUGUCUUAGUUUUUUUAUCUUCUCAGACUGGAAUGAAAAUCCCUGACUUCAAAUAGUACAAAGUCAGGGGACUUAUGGCCUUAACUUUCUAUUUGUAAUUGGAUUCGAGAAAAAUUAAACCUAGGAACAGCCUUUAGUUUAAAUUAGAAAUCUGGGGGUAUUUUCAUUUCAAGUGCUUAAUUGUCAUCAACAAAUUCACCUUGGUGUUGACUUUCAAGUUGUGGUCAGUGAAAUUGGACUUCAUUUUGAUGCAUACUUAAGAAAUAUACAUGAUUGUGUACAAAGUGUGGGGCUGGCCCCAGAGCUCAUAAGAGCAUCCUUCUUAUGCUGCUACUGAUUCUACUUGUGGGGUGGCACAGACCUACCUCCUCGCCAUAGCAUCUUUAAAUACAGUUUAGUGUAUAUUUUUUUCUAAUUUUCAAGUGAACUGGAGUAAUUGUGUAGGUAGAUCUAGAUGGUAAGUCUUCUCUGUAUUCAGGUAUUAUGCUUCUAUGUCUAGGGGUAUAUUUCAACUUAGGAAGUUUUUUUGUCCUUCAUGUAUUUUUUCCUAGUUGGAUAUGGGGUAAAACAUUUAAUCAGUUUUCAGAAGACAUUUUACUAGUUCUGACCCCAGCUAUGCCAACAUUAAUUAACUACAGACUUCAUCCUGGGUUUUGUCCAGGAAUGUUGAAAGAAGAGAAUAGCAAGAAAUAGGCCAAGUCAAGACUUGGAGCUAAGGAAUAUAGAUUUACCCAGGAAUCUCUGAUUUUUUUUUUUCCAAAAUGGAAACAUCUAUCAGGUUGGAGGAGGGAAAAAGGUAGUCAUCUUCUGUGACAUUGUGGGGUUUUAAAUUUUACUAUUUGUUGCUUUUUGUUUUAUAUUUAGCAACCAGUAAUGUUUCUAAUCUGGGUAUAAAACUUGCUUAAGUGCCUUUUCGUUAAAACUGUACACAAGCACCAUUCCAGUAGAAGUGUAAGGUCUUCUUCUCAAUCCUGCCUCCUCCCCACCUCUCUCACAUACACAAACAAUAUUUCUGUUUUUGUUAACCUGAUAAGCAACACAUUAUGUAAUUCUGUUUGUAUUUCCUUGAAUACUAAUGAGAUUGAGCACUUUUCAUAUUUUAUUGGGUAAGUUUCUUGUUCAUGCGUGCUGUGGUUGCCCAUUCAGCACCCACUUCCUUCUCUCACAAGACCACCCGCUUUUUCUUUGGGUAACUCUCUCCCCAUUAUCAGGCAAGUGGUUUGGAUGGGAUUGUCAUGCCUCCAGCUUUAGAGUGAGCCCAGUUACUUUUAACAGUGCCACAGUGAAUGGUUCAGGGAUAGGCUGGAGACGUCAAGCUACUUGGAGACUAGGUGUUUGCUGAGGCUUCCUCAGGAACUGCUGGUGAAGACAUGUGCUUGGAACUGUGAUGUGAGGCUUUACAUCUGACCUUGACACGGCCCAGUUUUCUAACACAAAGGAGCCAUCCUGAGGGCAGUACCAAGAAAAAGAGAGGGACUCGAGCAUGGAGCCCUGAAACAAUCUGGAACCUCCAUCAAAUUGGAACCGAAGGCAAAUUAUUUGUAGACUUUUCACUUAUGAGAGCCAAUAAAUUCCUUUUUUGUUUAAGCCA